CAGCAGCAGCAGCAGCAGCAGCAGCAUCCUGCCCGGACACUUCACAUCAUUUAGCAACCUGUCUCCACUCAACAUCCAUUUAAGUCAAUUAGGGCAGCCUGCGUCUCUCACCUUCCGGAGCCCUCACUGGACCGUGGCGUGACACGAUGAGGAGUCUGGCGCUGCUGCUGGGCGUGAAAGCCGCCUGCAUCCUGCUGGUGUCUUCGCUGUCGGGCACAGGGGCCGUGAACAACAGCGGCCGGUGGUGGGGUAUUGUCAACGUGGCCUCCUCAUCCAACCUCCUCACCAAUUCCAAGAACGUGCAGUUGGUCCUGGACCCCAGCCUGUCCCUACUGAGUCGUCGCCAGCGCCGGCUGAUUCGCCAGAAUCCUGGCAUCCUGCAUGCCAUCGCCGCUGGGCUGCACACCGCCAUAAAGGAGUGCAAGUGGCAGUUCCGCAACCGCCGUUGGAACUGCCCGACCACCCACAGCCCAGCAGUUUUUGGCAAAAUCGUCAAUCGUGGUUGCCGAGAGACAGCCUUUGUAUUUGCAAUUACCAGCGCAGGGGUGACCCAUGCUGUGGCUCGCUCAUGCUCAGAAGGGGCCAUUGAGUCGUGCACAUGCGAUUACCGCCGCCGAGGUCCUGGAGGGCCAGACUGGCACUGGGGGGGCUGCAGUGACAAUGUGGACUUUGGCCGGAUGUUCAGUCAGGAGUUCGUGGACUCCAGCGAGAAGGGCAGAGAUCUGCGCUACCUCACCAACCUACACAAUAACGAAGCUGGCAGAAUGACUGUGUCUUCAGAGAUGCGUCAGGAGUGUAAGUGCCAUGGCAUGUCAGGCUCCUGCACUGUACGUACCUGUUGGAUGCGCCUGCCCAGCUUCCGCACAGUGGGAGACUUCCUUAAGGACCGGUUUGAUGGAGCAUCCAGAGUUGUUUACGCCAACAAGGGAAGCAACCGUGCCUCUCACAGAGCUGACCCCCGCCACCUGGAACCUGAAAACCCAGCACACAAACCCCCCUCUGCCAUGGACCUGGUCUAUUUUGAGAAAUCUCCAAAUUUCUGCUCCUACAACGGCAAAACUGGCACUUUGGGAACUUCUGGGAGAACAUGCAACAGCUCUUCUCCGGGCCUCGAUGGAUGUGAGCUGCUGUGCUGUGGACGUGGGUUUAAGACCCGGACUGAGACUGUGACUGAACGCUGCAACUGCACCUUCCACUGGUGCUGCCAUGUCAGCUGCUUGAACUGCACCAGCACACGGACGUUACACGAGUGUCUAUGAUCACUGGUGGACAAACCCAGUGAAUAUUAGGCCUAUUUGAGGGAAAAAGAAGAACUUUUUAGUAGAACAGGUAGCUUGGCUGAUGGCAGGUGGUUUGAGAGGUUAGGUAGAAGCUAGAGAUGCUUCCAGGGGGGUAAUCUGAGGUAAACAGGGAAAACUUUAACACAAAAAACUCAGUGUUUUUGUGAGGAGGAGAUGGUGAAAAGCACAAAUACAUGAACAGGUCAUAGAGGGAGUAUAUGUGCUCCUUGCCUUGGAUGCCUAACAAUAUAAAGAGGAUAUUUACACAGUACGAUCCUCCAUGUAGAAGGGAAAUCAUCCACAAUCACCUAAGUGUUUACACACUGUGGACAAAUAGAAAUAGAAGUAAGGAGACAUAAUGAUACAGAGAUGUCUAGUAGCACCUGGUUACAGGUAGAACAUUAUAUCUAGUAGUACCUGUAACCAGGUACAGCUAGAAAAACCUCUUCUCCACCACUGAGGACAUGAUGAUUCAGAGAUGUUUUUGUCAAAAUAAGAGCCACAAACAUGUUCUCUCAUAAACUGGUGAAGACCUCAAACAGGAGGGAAUUUAUUUAAAAUGUAUUUUGUUUUGCUGAAGUUUCUUUUUUCGUGUGAAUCUGAGUGAAGCUAAUUUCCAGGGAUGGGCUCUCUGUUCCCCAAUUGUGUACUUUGGUCCUGGACGCGGCACAACCACUUAUAAUUCUUCACCACAUUGGUCCUUUUUGUUGAGAUUUUCUGGAGUGGAAAAUCCUGAUUUGCCUCUGACUGACCAUCAGGAAGGUCCUGAUGUUAAAAGACUGGUACCAGUACUCGCCAAGUAAAAUAGAAACUGACUGAACAAAUCUUACCGAGGCAAAUUCAUUUGAAUGUAUUAUCAAUACACUGAAUAUCAUGGCAUGACUACAUGUAGUUUGACAAAACAGAGGGGUCAACAUAAAAAACAAAAACAAAUCAGAUACACAUUGAAGUAACAAAAAUACACUAAAUUCUUGGUCAA